AUGCAGUCCCUUCGCCCUCAUAUCGGCAGCUGCUCUCAGGCGACGAGGAGGUUGCUGUUGACGCCCACCACUGCGAGCCCUGCUUCCACCGUCGUCAACUCCAGCAGACAAUCUUGCCUCUCUUCCGAGCGCAAAGCUGCAUACAGUACCCAAACCUCCGUCGACAACGGCUCUCUGGUCCAGACCACGCCCCGUAGACCUCUCUCCAAAAGAACGCCAGUGUGUGGACCGUGCAACCCUCGAUCUUCCCGAGCACUUCCGUGGGCAACUAAAGGUCGAUCCUCGUACAGUACUGAAGCUGCUGGGUCUCAGCAACCCGUGGUUCACGAUGUCUUUGAGACCAAGACAGGUACGUGGCAGUAUGUGGUUGCCGAUCCGGCCACCAGGACAGCCGCCAUCAUUGACCCGGUCCUGGACUAUGAUCCGGCGACCCAGGCCGUAACCACCAAGAGCGCCGAUGCCUUGAUUGCCCUAGUUAAGGACAAGGGCUACACGGUCGACCUGAUUCUCGAGACACACGCGCAUGCGGACCACCUGACUGCGUCGUCGUAUCUCCAGAAUCGCCUCGCCCAAGAGCAAGGUCGAAUCCCCAUUAUCGGCAUCGGCAAGCGCAUCGGCAGGGUGCAGCAAUUAUUUGCCAACAGAUACGGAGUUCCCGCCGAUGAAUAUGAGGGCGUCUUCGACAAGCUCUUUGAAGACGACGAGACUUUUAAUAUUGGGGAGCUGGAAGCCACCGCCAUGCAUCUUCCUGACAACGUCUUCUGCGGCGACUCCAUUUUCCACGCCGACAUCGGCACCGCGCGCUGCGAUUUCCCGGGGGGCAGCGCCAGCGACCUCUUCAAGUCCGGACGCCGGCUGCUUUCUCUGCCCGACCACGUCAAGAUCUGGACGGGCCACGACUACCCUCCCGCCGGCCGCGACGCGCCCGUGCCCUGGAUGACGGUCGCGCAACACCGGCAACGCAACAAGCACCUGAAGGACGGCACCACCGAGGAGGAAUUUGUGGCCAUGCGCAACGAGCGGGACGCCGGGCUCGCGGCGCCCAGGCUGAUCCAUCAGUCCUUGCAGGUGAAUAUCCGAGCGGGCAGGCUGCCCAAGCCGACGGACGCCGGGUUGAGAAUGCUGCAUCUUCCGCUCAAGCCGAAGACGUUGGAGUGGUGA